AUGGCAUCUGCAGUGCUAUCCAUAGCUACACAGUGUGUUUCUCCCAAUGCUUCUUCACUGUCGAUUAACGAAACCCACAAGUCUUCUGGACGGAUCUCUAUGACUGUUGCAGUUAAUGUUUCUCGAUUUGAGGGCAUUCCGAUGGCUCCUCCUGAUCCAAUUCUUGGAGUAUCAGAAGCAUUUAGAGCAGACACAAAUGAUGUCAAGCUCAACCUUGGAGUUGGGGCCUACAGGACAGAGGAACUACAGCCAUAUGUGCUUAAUGUUGUGAAGAAGGCAGAGAAUCUUAUGCUGGAGAGAGGGGACAACAAAGAGUAUCUCCCUAUUGAGGGUUUGGCUGCAUUUAAUAAGGCAACAGCAGAGUUGUUACUCGGAGCAGACAACCCUGCAAUCAAAGAACAAAGAGUUGCUACUGUCCAAGGUCUUUCUGGAACCGGUUCUCUCAGACUAGGAGCAGCUCUGAUAGAACGAUAUUUUCCCGGGUCAAAAGUUUUGAUAUCGGCUCCCACCUGGGGUAAUCACAAGAAUAUUUUUAAUGAUGCUAGGGUCCCAUGGUCUGAGUACCGUUAUUAUGAUCCCCGGACAGUUGGUUUGGAUUUUGAGGGCAUGAUAGAAGAUAUUAAGGCAGCCCCUGAAGGAACUUUUGUGCUACUUCAUGGAUGUGCUCAUAACCCAACUGGUAUUGACCCAACACCUGAACAGUGGGAAAAAAUAGCAGAUGUAAUUCAACAGAAGAACCACAUUCCAUUUUUCGAUGUUGCUUACCAGGGAUUCGCUAGUGGAAGCCUCGAUGAAGAUGCAGCAUCUGUGAGAUUGUUUGUGGCACGUGGCAUGGAGGUUCUUGUUGCCCAAUCUUACAGUAAAAAUCUUGGUCUCUAUGCUGAAAGGAUUGGAGCAAUGAAUGUCAUUUCAUCAUCUUCUGAAUCUGCAACAAGGGUAAAGAGCCAAUUGAAGAGGCUAGCACGACCAAUGUACUCUAAUCCACCAGUUCACGGGGCCAGGAUUGUCGCCAACGUUGUUGGAACUCCUGUCCUUUUUGAUGAAUGGAAAGCGGAGAUGGAGAUGAUGGCUGGAAGGAUAAAGAAUGUCAGGCAGAAGCUAUAUGAUAGUAUUUCUUCAAAAGAUAAGAGUGGGAAAGAUUGGUCAUUCAUACUUAAGCAGAUAGGCAUGUUCUCGUACACAGGCUUGAACAAGAACCAGAGUGACAAUAUGACCAAUAAGUGGCAUGUAUACAUGACAAAGGAUGGAAGGAUUUCACUAGCAGGAUUGUCAUUGGCCAAAUGUGAAUACUUGGCUGAUGCUAUCAUUGAUUCAUACCAUAAUGUCAGCUGAAAACUCAAGUUAAAUAUGCUCCAUAACCAAAACUUCUAUUUUUGGUGAGUGUUAUAUAGCAAACCACUGUGGGUGACAUACCUGAAAAUAAUAAUACAAUUAUGUGUGCAUUGAUUUGCCACACAUGCAUGUACCUGAAGGACACUUAGGAAAUUUUGUAACCUUUAAAGUUAAGCAGUAUGAAUCAAAGUAUUGAUGCAUAAUGAGUUAGCUUCUCAUAGACUUGAAGCAAGUUGAAUCUAAAGCUUGAUGAAUAAUGAGUCUAUUUCUUAACAUUUAUGGUUUGUAAGAUUGAAUAGACUAUGUUAAUAACAGUAGUUUUGUUCGCUAUA